AAAUAUAAUUUAUGAAUAAUAAUAAAGACAAUAUAAUAUUUAAAACAUUGAUGGAAGGUAAGGUGAUUUGUUAGUCUAUUUAAACGUAAUAUUGCAACAUUAAGUUUGUUUUAAAAAAUGGAAGUAGUAUUUUUUAAAUUAUACCAAUUAUUGCAGGCUUGCGUAAAAAAUUGAUCAAUGUGAUGGACCAAUCGUGAGCCAAGUCAUAUUUAAGGAACCAUAAUCUCACUAUUGAUUCAUGUUUAGUAAUUGUUCAAGCAACCUGGCAUGGCCAUGGCGGCAUAUAAAUGAUAUUAUGGUUAUUAAUUGCUAUCUGGCAUUAUAUUAUUAUAAUAUAAGACAAUAUUCUACAAAACGAAUAAAAUGCGUAAAAUUACUAAAAUUAUCGUCUAUAACGUAUUAAGAUUUUAGGUACAGUUGACAAUAGAGAAACUGUUACUCUAUAGUUUACACACAACAGUACAUUCAAUUCAAAAUUAUUUAAAAAAAAAAUAAAAAUGUUAAAAAUAUCCAUACACAGCCAUCGGUGGCGGCAUCUGUCUAUAAAUCGGGGAACUAUGGAAUAUUGCCGUACAUUUCGGCAUCAAAUAUCAAUAAUAUUAUUGUUGUGCCCGGAGACUUGAGAUUACAAAGCGGCAUCGCGUUAUCUUUCCACAUCACGGGUACAAUAAUUAUAAGUUACAUAUUAUUAUUAUUGUUAUUUAUUAUUACCAAACACCAACAAUGUAGUUAUACACUUUUGUGAUAUUACGUAAAUAUACGUACACAUGUAUACACAUAUGCGUGCAUUAUUAUUAUUGAUUAUUAAUAGACAGCACGAUGUAGAAAUAGAAAAGAUAUCUCGAUAGGCAGUUGAACAACAUAUUAAAACUUAUUAAAACAAAAGGUAUAUAUAUAUAUUUAAAUCGUACGUAUGAAUGUAUAGACAACAGUAGUUACUAUUAUGACUUGAAUGCGAUUUAAUUUAAUGUUAUUAUUUACUUUGCGAUGCUAUAUUAUGGAUGAUUACGUGUUCGAUUUAAUAUAUAUUAAAAUGCUUAAUUCAUAUUGCAUACUUGCACAUUGUGUUGCAUCUUGUGAACUGUUGCAAAAAUGCGAAAUGAAAAUUACCCGUUCAGGCCCUGUUUGCGAUUAUUGUAAAAAAUCAUAAUUAUAUUGAUAUUAUGUAUGCCGUAGUUAAAUUUAGUCGGCGAAUGCGAAACGAAUGACACCAAAUGAAAUGUUCAACGAGAAAUAUAAUAUCAUGUACGAGUGAUGUAGUUAGAUUUAUUCACCAUGCACAUGUCCAUACGCAGCUGUCAUACGUUUUUGAAUUAGUUUUUGACUGCUCUGCCAUAAUGAAUCCAAUUUUUACAAACCGUUAUCAAUUUGUAUAUAUGAAGAAUUAUCAUGAAAAAAAAUUAGGUACGCUGUUAAAGUUGUAUUAGAUUAGUAUAAUACAUAAAUCUAUGUACAAAUUGUUUGCCAAACGUGUUAAAAAACGAUUUGUUUACUCUAGGUUUAGGCAUUGGGCGCAUACUACUACUACCCAUGCUAAGUUGUAAACUGAAUUACUAAACUGGCUGGUUGACAGUCAAUGACAAUGGAUGAUGUCGGUGACAUCGAAGACUUGAUUUCGUCUGUUGCCGAUGUUGCUGAAAUUGGUAGAGUCAAACCUAGGAAUAUUGUAUCUCUGCGUCCCAAAGUUAAGGAAAAACGACUAAGGGAAAUUGAUCAUCCACCAUCCCAAGUCCCUGGCACCCAAACAAUAUUUAUUAAGACUUGGGGAUGUUCACAUAACAGCUCAGAUGGGGAAUAUAUGGCUGGUCUUCUAUCUAACUAUGGAUAUAAAAUAACCGAGGACAAAGCCAUUGCUGAUCUGUGGAUAUUAAAUAGCUGUACAGUGAAAAAUCCCGCUGAAGAUCAUUUUAGAAAUGAAAUUUCUACUGGGAAAAAAUCUGGAAAAUUUGUAGUAGUGGCUGGUUGUGUACCUCAAGGAGAUAAAAAGUCUCCUUUUAUUCAAAACCUAAGUGUUAUUGGAGUUCAGCAAAUAGACAGGGUAGUAGAAGUAGUAGAAGAAACAUUAAAAGGACAUACUAUUCGUUUGUUGGGUCAAAAAAAGAUAAAUGGAAAAAAAGAUGGUGGUGCCAGAUUACAGUUACCAAAAAUGCGUAAAAAUAAAUUAAUUGAAAUUAUUGCUAUUAGCACUGGAUGUUUGAAUCAGUGUACCUAUUGUAAAACGAAACAUGCAAGGGGUAACCUUGGUAGUUAUCCUCCAGAUGAAAUUGUACAAAGAGCCAUAGAAUCUUUUAAUGAAGGUGCAGUGGAAUUGUGGCUAACAAGUGAAGAUACUGGUGCAUACGGGUUAGACAUACAAACGAAUUUACCAGAACUUCUUUGGCGUUUAGUGGCUAUUAUACCUGAAGGUUGUAUGAUGCGGAUUGGUAUGACUAAUCCACCAUAUAUACUCGAUCAUCUUGAGGAAAUAGCCAAGAUUUUAUCCCACCCUAGGGUGUAUGCAUUUUUGCAUGUGCCUGUGCAAUCAGGAAGUAAUCAAGUACUAGCAGACAUGAAGCGUGAAUACUCAAUCGAAGAGUUUGAAACUGUUGUUACUUUUUUGAGACAAAGAGUACCUGGUGUUUCUAUUGCAACAGAUAUUAUUUGUGGCUUCCCAACUGAAACAGAAGAAGAUUUUUCUGAAACAAUGAGUGUUUGUGAAAAAUAUAAAUUUCCUAGUUUAUUUAUUAAUCAAUUUUACCCACGUAAAGGUACACCAGCUGCAAGAAUGCCCAAAAUUCCCACAGACAUGGUUAAAAUUCGAACUAAACGUCUGACAGAAUUAUUUCAUUCUUAUACCACGAAUGACCAUAGCAUUGGUGAAGUACAAGAGAUUUUGAUAACCGAAGAAGCCAAAAAUGGUAUUGAGUUGAUUGGACACAAUAAAUAUUAUGAACAGGUUUUGGUGACAAAAGAACCAGAACUAAUGGGCAAGUGUAUUAAAGUAAUCGUAAAGUCAGCAAAAAAGCAUUGUCUAAUAGCUGAAAUGGUAGACAAACCAAGAAUUUUUAAGAAUAACCUUCAAGGAAUCAACGAUACGUACUCGAUAUGGCCUGUUUUUGCUUUAUUAGUUUGCGUUUUAGCAAGAAUACUUUGGUUAUUCGUAUAACAUAAAAAUUAUGUAGUGUAUAUAAA